AGCCUCCACAGCAGAUGAAAUUCAGACACCAAGCCUCAAGAAAGAAAAUACCGUAAUAAUGAUGCAGUUGGUUGUUUUCGCUGUGAUUGCUGCCAUAUGCAUCACAGAAUCAUACGCCUUACUAUUUGAUGACAACUUUUCAAAUUUCGCAUGCCGAAAAAGGAACAUCGAGUGUUGCCCUGGUUACACGUGUAAAUCUGGGUUUGGCAUUGAACCGACUUGCGUCAAGGACAACUUCAUAUGUGAAGAUUUCUUCGACUGGGGUUCUGAACACACAGCCUUCACUUCACAGCUCUCGAGCGUGGCGAACAAUCUAGAGACAUGCACCCCGUCCAGCAGAAACCGUGCCAUCUUCGGCAGCAAAGGCUGCGGCAAGCUUGCUAAGUGCUGCCGAGUGAAGUCCGGCGACGGCUGGUGGGAUCAGAUGUUCGAGAGGAAGACCGGCAUCUGCGUGACGUCACCUUCUUACAACCCGUGUAAUAGUGACCAAACGAAGAACUGCAAAUGUCCCACUGAACACGACGACGGCUGGGAUUGGUUGUUGGAUCUUCUGAAGAAUGCAAACUAACUGCCAAGAAUCUUUGUUUUAAAGAGACUGUCGAUCCUGAGCCUGCUGCCUUUAUAAGGUGUUUCUACCAAAAGCACACAAUAAUUAAGCUAUGAAUAUUUUUUAGUAAGAAAGUAUAUUUGAACCAGAAAUACCAAACAUUGUUUUGAGGACAACAUACCUUUAAUUUUCAACUAAUUUCGUAAUUCAGUAAGCUCCAUUCUUUUCAUGUAAGCCUUAAGGCAAAUAAAAUACUAAAAUACU